AAGAGACAACACAGCUGAUCUUGACAAAGGGGGUGAGAUAGAUAUAAAAGCGAAAUCUCCUUGCAUACGUUGAAAUUUGUCUUUCGUGUUUACGUCUAUAACCAGCCGAUCUUAGGUGCAUUGAAAAGCCAUCCCAUUCCAAUUUGAAAAUCAAAGUUUAUCCAUGCUGAUAACAAAGAUUUUUUUGGUUCUUUUGACUGUGGAAUCAUCGGUCACGGGCUUGGGCACCGACAAGGAAAUAAAACGGAUGUACCGUGCAUUUCUGGAAGACGAGAAUCUUUCAGAUGCAGCAGUAGAAGAAUGCGACGUAAAAUAUGAAAAAGUUGGAUGCUUUUCUGACAAUCCUAAGAACAGGGCGCUUCCAAAACUGAUCCUCAGUGAUCGAGACAAAAUAAACUGGCAACCUGGAGAAUGGGAGAAAUAUUUAAAGAGGCUUGCUUGCCGCUGUGCGGAAGCAUCAAGCGGCGAGGGAUACAACGUGUUUGGUCUUCAGUUUUACGGUGAAUGUUGGAGUGGUUCAAACAGGCCUCCUCUUGGGUCUGAUAGCUAUAGCGAAUCCAAAAAGUGUAUUAGUUUUCAAUACGAGAAAUGCCAAAACAACGACCCCAAUGAAUGCGUCGGAGAAGCUAUGACUAAUUACGUGUACCGCAUUAUGGAAGGAGGAAGCGGAGGUGGAUCUCCUAAAGCAUGAAGAAGAACUAAUCCACUUUUGACUCAUUACACGGUCGCUUCAGU